UUAAUUGUUUCCUUUUAACUUUUGAUUUAAUCUUGAAAACCAAAGGUGGAUUUCUCUUCCGACAACAUCAUCAUUCGUCGACAGUUUCCGUAAGGUAAAUUUCCAAGUCGCCCAAAUCGCGUAGCAUUAGCAGCGAGGCCCGCCCUUCCAUUAUCAAAGCGUCUCCUGAAUUCGCUGGCGUUAUUUGAUUGAAUUUCACGCCCGCGAUUCCAUUCUGCCGUCCUCUCUUCGUUUUUGGAUUUCCCAUUUUUCGCUUCUACCUCUUCUUCUCCUUCCAUGGCGUCCAAUACUGGCGGUUCUUUUCACGGCGGUGCUGCCCCUUACCGAUCAAGAGAGGGCCUUAGCACGAGACCGGUGGCUAGUUCUGAUGAAAUUCAGUUACGGAUCGAUCCGAUGCACGCAGAUUUCGACGACGAGAUCACGGGUCUCCGUAGCCAAGUCAGAAAAUUAAGACAUGUUGCCGAGGAAAUAGGGACAGAAGCAAGAUUUCAACAAGAUUUUCUCAAUCAGCUGCAAUUGACAGUAAUCAAAGCGCAAGCAGGGGUCAAGAACAAUCUGAGGAGACUGAACAAAAGCAUCAUCCAGAAUGGCGGAAAUCAUAUUGUUCAUGUGGUUGUUUUUGCUCUAAUCUGCUUCUUCGUGGUUUACCUCUGGUCCAAGAUGUCCAGAAAAUGAUGAUCAGCGGUCCUGCUGUGGAAUUGCCCCAUCAAAGAACUUCCAAUGAAGGGUUUAUACGCUGGUUCUGUUGUAAAGCCUUUUGACAUGGUCUUGGGACUUGAAAGGCGUGACAUCUUUUACUUGUUUUUUAGAACACUAAUUUUAGAUGUAAAAAAGAGAGAGGUUAAAUUAGUUCUUAUUGAAUUUGAUGGUAGUAUCCGUGUGCCUGGUUUUUUGAGACAUGGUCUUCAUAUAAAAGAAAUUGUUCACUUA